AUGUAUCAAGAGGACGUUGAAAAUGCUAAAUAUGAGGUGAGUGAUUUGGACCAAGAAGUGGUGGUCACAGGCGUGCCGCAAUCUCAAAGAGUAAUGAAACUUGAUAACUGGGCAAAUGCCGGUUUUGGAGAACUGCUGAUGCGAAACAUUGUUGCCAGAUCACAGUACAAGGAACCACGGCGCAUACAGGCGGCAGUCAUCCCUCUCAUCCAGAACGGAUGGGAUUUGUUUGGACAUGCUGAAACGGGCAGUGGCAAAACUGCUGCAUUUGUUCUGCCAAUUAUUAAUCAUGUCAUUACACAUGGCGAGCCAGCCGAUCCACGUUGCGCUCCAGUCGGCUUAAUACUGGCGCCGACCCGAGAAUUGACGGGGCAGCUGUACAAUCAAACCAGAAAAUUUUCGGAUGGCACAGGUGUAACAGUAGCAAAAACAUAUGGGCGCUAUCGAAUGGAAGACAAUUUUAUGGAACUGGAAAGAGGCUGCAAUAUUCUGUUCGCAACGAUGGGCCGGCUGAAAGAUUUCGUGGAACAUGGAAGAGUAAGCAAACUACUUUCUAGUGAACCUCUCGUGCCCAACACUUUGUCCGUUCUCAAGCAGAUGGCACUCGAAUUUUUUUCAUUUACUAACGAACGAUAG